GUGUUGGUUAGGUAAAUAGAUGGUKUUAUGUCACGUUCAAGUAGCGUCAAACCGUAGUCUUUUUAUACCCAACACAAAACACGCUUCUUUUGUUGCGAGUCAUUAUCGCAUACAAAUAAAGCCAACUAUUCUACUGGUUGAAUCUUGGHAACAAAAACGGAAAAGGAAAACGAGAAAGGUUAAGUCACAGGUUGAUUGCGAACCCGGCGGUGUCUGCUUUUGGGAGAUUUUUUUGGAYCUUUUUAACAAUAAUGCCGAGUAUGACUAGCUAUGUAUGGGCUAGUGUACUGUUUACAUUAGUGAAUUCAGCAGUUGCAUACGAUGUGAUAACGACUACUUCUGGAUCUGUUCGAGGGCAAGGCAUCAUACUGCGAACAGGAAAGAGAUUGAUUAAAUUCCUUGGAAUUCCUUAUGCUCAAGCUAAACGUUUUGAGCCACCUCGUCAACCUACACCAUGGAAUUAUACGCUUCAGGUUACGCACUUUGGAAAGAUAUGUCCACAACCAACGAAAAUCCCACCAUUGAACAUUAAACCUGAAAAUAUAAGUGAGAAUUGCUUGAAUCUAAAUAUCUUCGUUCCUAAUACAACAGCAUUCCAGAAUAAACGAUCGUCGUACGCCGUACUGGUCAUGUUACAUGGAGGAGGGUUUAACAUUGGCGGAGGGUUUAGUUUCGAUGGUAGUAUCCUCGCUACGGAAGGCGAAGUGAUUGUUAUAACCAUCAAUUAUCGUCUUGGUGCACUAGGGUUCUUGAGUCUUGGUGAAGAGGAUUUAGAUGGUAAUUAUGGUCUGCUAGAUGUGAUUGAGUCUCUUCGUUGGRUCAAGAACAAUAUCAAAAGGUUUGGAGGCGAUCCAAAUCGAGUUACUGUUGGUGGGUGGUCAGCGGGGUCGCGUUUGGUUGGUAUUCUGAUGCUUUCACCACUGGCCAGCGGUCUGUACCAUAACGUGAUCAUGAUGAGUGGCUUCGCCRGUGGUCACUACUCGUAUUUGGAAAAAGACGAGGCGAAACAGAAGGCCUGGUAUUUUGCUGGAUUACUUCGGUGUCCUCAUCCAAGCARCGACUUUAAAAAUUGUAUGAAAAGACGUACGAUUGAAGACUACAUUCGAGCACAAGCCAAGAUGCAUCCGUCGGCGAUAUUCGCUAAUUGGGCCCCGGUGGUCGAUGGGAAGGUUUUACCGGACUCUCCACCAAAGUUACUUGAAGAAGGAAGGUUUAACAAGACAAGUAUUCUAACUGGUGUGGCGAACGAUGAUGGGAGUGGUUUUCUAGGAACGAUACCAGGAAUCAACACUGGAGUUGAUGUGACUCAUGGCUUAACACGUACAAGGUUUCUUCAUGCGAUCGCCGAGAAAACCUGGCUUCGUCACCAAGACAAGAAGGUUCCUGAGAUUAUUGAAUUCGUGUAUUCUGAUUGGUCAAAACCAGAUGACGUCAAUAAGACGCGACGAGGUUACUUAGACUUGCUUACAGAUGCCAUGUACACAUCUCCGGCAGUACAGUCUGUCAAUGCGUUUGCCAAGAAGGAAGCUGCUGUAUACUUCUACCAAUUUGAAUACCGUUCGACGUACGACGAAUUUGGUAAUCGUGUUCCUGCGUGGAUGAAUGUACCUCAUGGUUCUGAAUUGCAAUAUAUCUUCCCCAAGCCCACCAUGAAUACCAUAUCAGGGUUGACCAAAACAAUGGUGGAUUACUGGGUGAACUUUAUUACUACUGGAAACCCAAGCAACCCGUUUUGGCCAAAAUACGACAUCAAAUCUCAAAAGUACAUGGCUUUAAGAAGUUUCCCUACUGUAGAGAACCAGUUACGACCUGACAAGAUGGCGUUCUGGAAUAAAUUCCUCCCAAAAACUGGGAAAAAGGAAAACAUAGCACCAAAACCAAACCCGCCAAACCCACCAUCAGAUGAAAAUGGAGUCAAGAUGGCAUUGAUCAUAGUUUCGUGUCUGUUUGGCGUGUUCAUCAUCAUCUUUAUUGCUGUGGUGGUCUUCUUCUUGUACAGAUUACAUAAUCAUCCUGCAGCCGACUCCUCCUUCAAAAAGGUUGAUAAUGUCCAACCAGUCCCUUCCAAAGAACAGACACCGUCUCCAGUACAAUCGCCAUAUCACAACCAAAGCUCAUUGUAUAAAAACUCCUUCUCAUCGAUUGAAAAAGAUCCCUACCCACCCCAUCCUUAUUACCAAACAAAGCCAUCAAUGACCAUCGACUUUGUAGAAAAGCGGUCUCCCACCAAAGAACCUUAUAUGGAAUCUGAUAUGUUGUAAAUAUUUGAAAACCAAUUGCACUGUGAUUCGAAUCGAACUGAUAUGGAAAUAGCACACUGCACGUACAGCAUUCUCUAAUAUACCUGUAACCUUGUAUUUAUGACCACAGCACAUACAAAGACAUCAAUAAAAUACAUCACUUUCCCCACUGUAAA